ACCCAAUCAACGUCACCCUCAUGACAGGUCGUGGCAACGUCUAGUGGUGGAUUAUGGCCGACAAACUCCGCACGCAGCAGCAGCUUGAAGCGCUACAGACCAAACACAUCGGAACUGGCCAUGCAGAUACAACCGAGCACGAGUGGAAAGCCAAUAUUGCCCGAGAUUCAUAUGCCAGCAUUGUGGGCCAUCCACCGCUCAUUCACUACAUGUCUAUCGGCAUGGGGCUUCCGAUGGAGCGAGUGCGCAUGAUCUGUAUGGAGAAGAUGGUGCUGCCAGUCGGUCCAGCGCCAGCUGUGGAGAGAGAUGAUGACGAAGGGGAAAUGGAAAUAGACGAAAAAUGAAGCAUAUCAAUCUCUCCACUUCCACUGCUCAAUUUCAUUCAUUCGACACUGGAGCAAUGCAAACGCUGGAAACAUUCGGCACUCGCAAGCCUGCCCGCCUCACCAGGUGGCCUCAAGCCAAGACAGUGGAAGGUUGUCUUUCCAAAUUUCAGAGCCGUACAAGACUAUGAGCUUUCUCGCAGGAGACUAUUUACGGCCCUCCACCAUCACGAUGUGGUAGCCUUCUGACGAUUUCACUUCGCCAUAUUUCGGGUUGCUGGUCGUUGACGCUUCCAGCUCAAAGGCAAUGGCUUCAAAUUCAGGCAUAAGAUCUCCGCGGGUCUUCCAGCCAAGUGCUCCACCUG